AUGCCACACCAGGAUUUGGAUGAGAAGCCGCCACUUCAUGUCCAAGAUGCUGAAAUUGAUGAGGAGGUAGAAGCUCUGGAAGGAUAUGUCGUUGAUCCUAGCCAAUAUCCCGACAAUGCAGCGCGCCUGAAAACUAGCCCAGACGGUCGCUUUGUUCUGAUUCCGCAACCUCUCGAUACACCCAAUGAUCCGCUAAAUUGGCCGUCCCAGAAAAAAUGGUUUCUUGUAGCAAUAGUGGCUUAUAUCGCGCUGCUAGCCGAUUACACCGGAGGCACCGCUAUCAUUACUGUUAUUCCACAGUCGAUGCAGUGGGAGCUAUCUCAAGCUACGGUACAGAGAGCAGUGGUCGGUAAUCUGUUUACUAUAGGCGCGUGUGGCCUCUUCGUAGUGCCUUUGGCGCAUUACUUCGGGCGCCUACCGGUUACGCUUUUCUUCCAAUGCGUCAUGGUUGGCACCUGUGCAUGGUCAGCCGCAGCCACCAGCUUUCCCUCUUAUUUAGCCGCGCGCAUUAUCAACGGCUUCUUUUGUAGCGUUGGCCAAGGAGGAGCCCUAAUGUGGAUCAAAGACCUCUUCUUCUUCCACGAGCACCCCAAGGUAAUCAAUUAUGUGGAGUUUUCCAUUAUCAUGAGCCCGUACCUUGGCCCUUUGAUCACCUCGUUCAUCGUGUCUGGGGUCAGCUGGCGCUGGGCAUUCUGGCUCUGCACAAUCAUGUCCGGAGUAGGCCUUAUACUGAUUCUCUUUCUUGAUGAAUCAUUGUUUGACCGCAAGCACCCACCGUCCUCCCGAGGGUCCUAUAUCAGCCGUCUCACCGGUGCGCAGCAAUCGAAGGACUGGAAACAUAAAAGCCUCGUUCAGUGUUUGGCAUUGCCUGUUAUAGCCAUAACUAAGAUACCGGUGCUCACCAUCCUCGUCUACUACUUCCUCAACUUCGCCUGGGUCAUCGGUGUCAACACGACGAUCGGGAUCUGGUUAACCAAUAUAUAUGGUUUCUCGACGAGAGGAAUAGGAUAUUUCUACUUCUUCGGCAUUGUCGGUGUCCUGGUUGGUUGGUUCGCCGGGCACUUCCUGCACGACGGAGUUGGGCAGUACUACAUCAAACGACACAACGGACGACUAGACCCCGAAGCUCGAUUAAUUAUCACGUACCCUGCGACGAUUAUCUGCUGUAUUAGUUUGAUCAUUUUGGGUCUGGCAUUCCAGUAUCACUGGCACUAUAUGGUAAUUGCAGUGUUCGCGGCUACUCAAUGCAUAGGUGUCAUGAUCGUCACGACGGCUAUCAAUGCCUAUCUCCUUGACUCAUAUCCGGAGGGUUCGGGCGUUGUGGGUGCAUGGGUAACGGCCAGUCGCAACUGGGCGGGCUUCAUGGCUACUUAUAUCCAGAUUGACUGGGUGACACGACUUGGACCUGCCAAGGCAUUGGGUAUCCAGGCUGCUAUCACUUUUGCUUCGGUGUUUUGUAUGGUUUUCUUGCAGGUUUAUGGUAAACGACUGAGGCAAUGGCAGGGCCGGAUGGUGUUUAGCUGGGAAGGGAAGAAAUAG